UUUUGUGGACUAUAUGGGGAAAUAGCAAAUCAACAAAUACAUGUACCGACUUGUUAUGUUUUAUCCUCAGGCUUGCGCAGCCAUUCUGAAAGAGCCCAUGACACCGAAGAGCAGAGUGCAACGAGUGCCUCCACAGAUGAAAGAGACAACAUCUAUUACAAGUUCGUAGAGAGGAGUGAAAAAAUAUUCCACGAAAAAGUGCUUCAAGAUCCAGAUAAAUUUUCACUGGCUGUAGAAACAUUUAAACAACAUGCCGACACUGUAUUUGGAAUAAUUGAAUCGGACACAGACGAUUCCGACAUCCAGAUGAUUUCCAGAAAGGCAAAGCUGACAGUCAAACGGAAGGUUAAGACCGAGACAAUACGGGUCGAUGACAAGCUUUUCACAGAUCAGAUCCUUAGUGAUCUAUCGAAGUACAAUCUCCUCGUGCAUUGUUUCAAGCGUUUCAGUGCUAUACUGAAGAGAGCUACGCGGGGCUGUGUACUGUGUGAACUUGAUUUUGUGGACGAUUCUUGCUUUAAGUCAUUCAUGCAAGCUUACAGAGAUGGAAGCCUGUCCGAAACCCUGACACAGGAACUAAUCACAGGUGACAUGAGGGCAGAGGAAGGGGAGGAUCUGUGGGUACAUGUCAGUCUUCUGGACGGGGAAGAGGAAGAUAAGAUCACAUCAGAUGAAGCUACUGGCAAGGUUCCAUCAGUUGAUACAGAGCAGGAGACGCCCCACAAUAUAGAGGCAAGAGGAAGAAUCCUACAGAAAGAUACACACCAAAAGCCGAUAGAGGUGGAGGGCAAAUGGAAAGAGGAGAGAGAGGUAAUGGCCAACGUCAACAUAAGUAAAUGAGUAACUUUAAUAAAAUUCCUUAAAAACUGUUUUGAGCAUAUAACGUUACCAAAAUGGAGACAGUGCGAAGAUUGAUAUGGCUAAUUUAUGAUUCCGGGAAUGACACGCAUUGGAAGGAAUACUAAUAGAUAUAAAGCAUAGAUCAAAUUACUGUGAAGGUAAGGAGCAAAUCAUUCAAAACACGUUUUUGAUAAAUAAAUAACCAAU